GCACUUCACUAAAGAAAUGUAGGGCAGCUUGAAUCAGUGAAGGAGGUGGCCAGCAACGGGACCGGUUGAAGUUUCACUUAAGAAACCACCUAUUGUUGACAUUUGCCGAAGUUAUUCAAUGUCAUGCCACGUAGAGAAAACGGGAACAAUAUAUUAGAUUCAUGCUAUAUUUUUGCUCACUCUUCGUUGUCUAAACAACUUGUGUUGUCCUUCGCAAGGAAAUUGUAGGAACCUUCCAGUGGCGUUCCACUGUGUCACUCGGAACUAUUUCUUAACCGGACUAUGGGAACACUUGUUAUCCUCAAAGGUUCAGGAAGAAACACGAUGAAGGAAAUUACAGUUUAAAUGAUAGCGUACAAUAUAAUUAGAGACGUGAAAUAUACAGCUCCGGGAGAAGUUUGAAGUAUUCAAGUAUGGAGUCGGGUCGACGGAAAGGUCUCAACGGGUUCCUGUCUUCCUUGUCACUGCUCUGUGUCAUUCUGGACAUCCAGUUGAACGGUGUCUUGGGGGCAACUCAUGUGGAGAUUGAGCAGCACUUGGAGAUGGGCCGUAAGCUGUUGGCCGCCGGUCAACUGGCGGAGGCUUUGUCCCACUACCACUAUGCAGUGGAGGGAGACUCUAAGAACUACCUCACCUACUACAAGCGGGCAGCUGUGUUUCUGGCCAUGGGGAAGUCCAAAUCAGCCCUUCCAGAUCUGACCAGAGCCAUCCAGCUCAAACCAGACUUCCUGGCUGCCAGACUGCAGAGAGGGAAUAUCCUCCUGAAGCAGGGCAACACCCAGGAUGCUCGGGAGGACUUUGAGACUGUGCUGCAGCGCUCCCCUUACCAGGAGGAGGCGCGGGACCAGUUGAUGAGGGCCAACGAGCUGGUGGAGCUGCGGGAGGAGGCCCACGCGGCCCACCACAGAGGAGACUACAGCACCACCAUCACUGUGCUGGACCGCGUCGUAGAGCUCUCCCCCUGGGACCCUGAGUCUCGGGAGCUCCGGGCUGAAUGCUACAUCCGCCUGGGAGAUCCCAGGAAGGCCAUCCAGGACCUGACUCCCACCACCCAGCUGAGGAAUGACAACCGAGCUGCCUUCCUCAAGCUCAGCAAUCUGCACUAUGACCUGGGGGAGCACCAGGAGUCACUAGGUCACGUCCGAGAGUGUCUGAAGCUGGACCAGGAUGACAAGGACUGUUUCUCGCACUACAAACAGGUGAAGAAGCUCAGCAAGCAGCUGGACUCUGCCGAGGAGCACAUCGAGGAGGCAAGGUAUCAGGAGGCCAUAGACAAGUAUGAGUCAGUGAUGAGAACAGAGCCUAAUGUGCCAUACUACACCAACAAGGCCAAUGAGAGGAUCUGCUUCUGCCUGGUCAAGAACAAGAUGGCUGCUAAGGCAAUAGACAUCUGUUCUGAAGCCCACCAGAGAGACCCACGCAACAUCAACAUCCUCCGAGACAGAGCUGAGGCUUUCAUCCUCAACCAGGACUACGAGAAAGCGGUGGAAGACUACCAGGAAGCGAGGGARUUUGACAAGGAGAGCAAUGAGAUCAGGGAAGGUCUAGAGCGAGCCCAGAAACUGCUCAAGCUCUCUCGGAAGAGAGACUAUUACAAGAUCCUGGGUGUCAAUAGGAGUGCCAACAAACAGGAAAUCAUCAAGGCGUACAGGAAGCUGGCCCAACAGUGGCAUCCUGAUAACUUCAGAGAGGAGGCAGAGAAGAAGGAGGCGGAGAAAAGGUUCAUCGACAUCGCCUCUGCUAAAGAGGUGCUCACCGACCCAGAAAUGCGUCAGAAAUUUGACUCGGGCGAGGACCCCCUGGACCCAGAGAGCCAGCAGGGUGGAGGAGGGGGUCAGGGUGGCCAAGGAUGGCCCUUCCACUUCAACCCCUACGAKUCCGGCGGCAACUACCACUUCAAGUUCAACCACUAGUUAGGACAAGAAACAUGGGGGGCUGACGGAACCGGAAAGGACCUACGAUUGGGGGAUUUAAGGCCUAUGACAACCCGCGGAGUAAUUUAUGGAUGUACCCAGGUGUCGUCGGGUUUGGGGGAUUGUGGGUAAUGUAAUGAGACUACGGGGACGGGAAUGACUGUCAAAGGCGGUGGACUACUACUGUCCCGCGAGGGGUUGAGUUGUACGGAGUUAAACUUCCUACCACAGAUUCUACAUGGAUGAAACUGGGUGACAAUGUUGUCGGCAGUUGACUCUGAAAAGUAUUUAAGUAUUUUAUUAGGAUCCCCAAUUAGCCGCUUCCAAGGCAGUGGCUACUCUUCCGGGGGUCGAAACAAAAAACAAAUAAUAUACAUAAUACAAUACAUAUAAAAAUGUCUGUCUCUCCACA